AUGGCAAGCGACAAGCAGCCAGUCAGCUCGUCGACAUCGGCGUUUGUGACAACCCUGAUCCUGUACGGGAUCAUCUGCAUCGUGUUCGUGCUGCUGUUCACGCGGCUACGCCCCAAGAAUCCACGGGUGUACCAGCCACGUGCCCUGAAGGACGUGAUCACGGUGCCAGAAGAAGAACGCACCGAAGAAGUUCCCGCUGGCAGCUACCAAUGGGCUCCGUUUCUGCUGUCCAAGCCCCACUCGUUCCUCAUCCAACACGCGGGUCUGGACGGGUACUUGUUUUUGCGGUAUUUGUCCAUCUUCGGCGGCUUGUCCCUCCUGGGCAUCGCGCUUUUGUUCCCGAUCUUGUUACCGGUCAACGCAACCAACGGUUACAAUCUGAAAGGUUUCGAACUGCUGGGAUUCUCAAACGUGAAAAACAAAAACCGGUUCUACGCGCACGUGUUCUUGUCCUGGCUCUACUUUGGACUCGUCAUCUACGUUCUAUUCCGCGAACUUUACUACUAUGUGUCGUUGCGUCACGCCGUUCAGACCAGCCCACUCAUGGACGGGCUGCUCUCGUCGCGCACCAUGCUCAUCACUGAGCUUUCUCCCGACUUGAGCAACGAGUCCGAAAUGCAACGUCGGUUCCAAAACUGUCGUAGCGUGGUGUUCGCGCGCGACCACUCGGAACUCGAGAAGCUUUGUAAAGAACGUGCCAAAUACGCCAAAAAGUACGAAAACACUCUGAACAAGGUGAUCCGCAAGUCUCUCAAGGUCCGCAGGAAGGCGGAGAAAAAGGGCAAGCUCGAAGAACUCGUGAAAAAUAAGCCGGAAAACGAUCUGGAGACGUACAUCCCGCAAAACAAGCGGCCUCGCCACAGAUUGGGUAAAAUCCCACUUCCAUUUGUGGGAGGUGAAAAAGUCGACACUAUGGAAUAUUCUUGCAAGCGUAUUGCCGAGCUCAAUGACGAGAUCAACGCCAAGCAGCAGGACUGGGAAUUGCAAGAUAAGGUGGGCGCUUGCUUCCUUGAGUUCAAGACUCAGCUCGACGCGCAGCGCGCAUACCAGUCCGUGUCUUUUGUUCUCGAAAAAAAGAGUUACGACAAGUGUUUGAUAGGUUGUGCUCCGGAAGAAGUGGUGUGGAGCAAUAUGGGGCUGUCCCGGAAAACCCGUCUGUCCAAGCGCGUCGUCGCGAACACCCUCAUGUGUCUCAUGAUUAUAUUUUGGGCCAUCCCUGUCGCUGUGGUGGGCUGUAUUUCCAACGUCAAUUUCCUCACCAACAAAGUCCCCUUUUUGAGAUUUAUCAACAACUUGCCCUCUUUUCUAUUAGGUCUGAUCACCGGUAUUUUGCCCACAGUCGCCCUGGCGAUCUUGAUAUCGCUAGUUCCUCCCUUCAUCAAAUUGGCAGGUAGGAAAAGUGGAUCUAUGACCGAACAAGAAGUUGAGCUGUACUGUCAAGGCUGGUACUACGGGUUUUUGGUGAUUCAAGUUUUUUUGGUUGUGACGGGUACUUCUGCAGCCUCUGCCACCGUUACAGAUAUUAUUGAAAAACCUUCCAGUGCAAUGACUUUACUGGCGCAAAAUUUACCCAAGGCCUCGAAUUUCUACAUCGCGUUUUUUCUAUUACAAGGUUUGACCAUCCCAAGUAAAGGUUUAUUGCAAGCAGUCAACUUAAUCAUGAGUAAAUUUUUGGGGAGAAUCCUGGAUGCUACACCUCGUCAGAAAUGGAAUCGUUACAACACGCUUUCGAAACCUUCAUGGGGUAUUGCUUACCCAGUGAUGGGUCUAUUGGUUGUCAUUUACCUAUGUUAUUCCAUAAUUGCCUCCAUCAUCUUGGUCUUUUCUACAAUGACAUUUGCGUUUUUCGUCCUGUCCUACAUGUACAACCUCAACUACGUUUUUGGGUUUUCGUUUGACUUGCGUGGAAGAAACUACCCCAAGGCGUUGUACCAAACUUUUGUUGGUCUCUACCUUGCUGAAAUUUGUUUAAUUGGAUUGUUUGUCAUGGCUAAGACUUGGGGCCCAGUCGUGUUAGAAGCAGUGUUUUUGGCCUUUACCGUGUUGUGUCAUUUGUAUUUUCAGAGAAGAUUCAUUCCACUAUUUGAUGCAGUACCAUUGAGUGCGAUCAAGACUGCUAGAGGUGAGCCCGGUUACGUUUACCCAACAAAGGAUCAAGGCUUGCGUGAAAUUCGCGAAGUUGGUGAACAGUUCAAGGAGGAACUUGAUCAAAAUGUGACCGGAGGUGUCAUACAACCUGCCACUUCUGCUGAUCUCAAACGUGCCGGUAUCUUAUCUGAUGCUUCCGAUGAGGAAAACGAUGCACACAACGAACGUCAUGUGGCAAACGUGAACGAAACGGAAGAGGACACUACCGAUGCUGGUACCAAGCGCAAAUCCUCUAGCAUAAAUAAAGCUGACUUGACAACCACAAAUGAUACCAAUUUCGUUCCAGAGGACGAGGAGUUCCACAAAUACAGCUACGACGAUGUCAAAGAUUUGAAACGCGAGCCCCCCACUGAGGAUAUGGAAGCUAAUGGUGCUGUUGUGGUCAACGCGGAUGCAGGCAACGUUUUCGCCGAUGCUAACGCCGUGACGAAGAGUCCUGCCGCGUUCCCAUCGAAUCUCCCAGAUGCUCGUACUUACAAGGACCGUCUUAUUGGAUUUUUCCAUCCGGAAAAGUAUCACGAUUUCAACUCCAUCAGGUCUCAUCUUCCACAUCUUUACAACACAACUGUAAAAUAUGACAAGGAUUUUGUUCCUACAGCAUACGCAGAUCCUUGUGUUUCGGACCCGGAGCCUAUUAUCUGGAUUGCCAAAGACCCUAUGGGCCUAUCAACGCAACAAAUCUUGGCUGCUAAGGUUCAUCAUGUCGAUGUACGCGAUGAUUUCGCCGGUUAUGACGAAAAGAGUCGAUCCUAUUUCACAUUUGCCCCACCAGAUUACGAACCGAAGGCAAAGAGGUGA